AGCGCGAAAUUGACUUUAUUUUAAUUAACAGAAAAUAAUAACGCUACAAACACUCGAGGAGUGACCAUAUAAUAACAGCUCGGUGCGAGAAGACGUCAUGAUUUUUCGCACAUGCGCACUGACAUGGAUACCGAAUUCUCCGGAACCGGCAGGGACGCGGGAACCAAGGAGACAACGUUUACCGAAACAACCCCAGCCAGGCCAUUAAGUCCAUACACGUACACGCAGUGCAAACGAGGAGCACUUGGUUAGGUGGUUGGAAAUGAAUGCGAAGAGGACGUGCUGGACUUUAACAGGAGCGACGGUAGCAUGUGUUCUCGCGCUGUACCUGCCCCGGGUCCCGCGCGCUGUCGCUGGUGGAGACUCAGGAGAGUUGAUCACCGCUGCUUGUGAGCUGGGGGUGGCCCAUCCCCCUGGAUAUCCUCUCUUCACCAUGUUGGCCUCACUGGCCCUCCGUCUGGUUCCUGCCACUUCUCCUGCACAUGCCAUCAAUGUGCUGUGUGCUGUGCUGGGGGCCAUGGCUAGCGGGGCGCUCUGCUACACUGUCUGCAGAAUGGCUGGGCCCGGGCCGGGAGCUGUGCUAGCAGGUGGAAGCUUCGCUCUAUCCAAACUCGUGUGGCAGUGGUCACUAGUGGCUGAAGUCUUCUCACUAAAUAAUCUAUUUGUGGGGAUAAUUUUCUCCCUCUCGGUUUGCUUCCAUAAUGCAGAGACUGUGGACCAGAAGAAAAAGUUUGCUCUGUGGGGGGCGCUGUGCUGUGGAUUGAGUCUGUGUAACCAGCACACUCUGGUUGUGUAUGUGCUCUUCAUCAUUCCCUGGGCUCUGCUCCAGCUCUACACUUAUGAUGGGUUGUGCUUUUCAUUCAUAGUGUCACUGGGUGUGUGUUUUCUCGCCGGAUUCUUGCCCUAUCUCUACCUGCCCGUUUCCUCAUACGUAAACGUAGCUAGAUGGACUUGGGGAGACCAGACGACUCUCAGCGGCCUGCUUACGCACCUGCUCAGGGCUGAAUAUGGCACCUUCAGUUUGGCUAAAUCUGAGGGUAAAGUUAAACUGAUGAAGAUGCUACACGCUCAGUGUAAUCACUGUGUGGAUGACCUCUCUGUUCCUGUGCUCGUGUUAGCUGUAUUGGCUCUGCUCCACGCUUUAUGUAAUAGGAGAUGGCGUGUUUUUGUGUGCCUGAUUGCUGUUAUGGCGAGUGCCUAUUCUGUGUUCUUUGCCUGGAGAGCCAACCUGGACAUUGAGAAUCCCCUGCUGUUCGGAGUUGUGGAGCGGUUCUGGCUACAGGCUGAUGCUGGUGUGUGUGUUCUGGCUGGUGUGGGCCUGAACUGGACUUUGUGUUUUUUGGAGAGAUGGCUGGGGCUGAGAUCUAUGUGGAACGUGGGAGCCUGGCUCAUCACUGCAGGACUUCUCUCACACACAAUUCACAUAAACCAAAGAGAGCUUGAUCAGAGUGAGAACGAUGUUGUGGAGAGAUUCGCCCGUGAGCUCAUUUUCUCAUUCCCAGAGAGCUCUUUGGUGCUGACCAGGGGAGAUCUUCCUGGUAACACACUCCGCUACCUGCACUACUGUCAGGACCUGCGGCCAGACCUCAGCCUCGUCGACCAAGAGAUGAUGACUUAUAGCUGGUAUGUGCCUAAGCUGCAACAACAUCUUUCUGGGGUAAAGUUCCCUGGGCAAGUUUGGGAUCCAGUAAUCACUGAAAAGAAGAAUAGCUUUAACAUCGAACAGUUUAUCCAGCACAAUAUACACCGGCCUGUGUUUGUUUGCAUUGGCUUGUCGGAAGGAGACCCAAGUUGGGAGAAGACCUUCUCCCUUUGGCCGUGGGGGGUCUGUGAGCAGCUGAUGCCUCUUACGAGCCGCCUGCACCCUGUGGAGUGGGCACAGCGCACACAGAAUCUGUACAACUGGACUGAGCCUCAUAACAGCUUUCCUCCUGGCUCAUGGGAACGAGUGGCCAAUGAGGAAAUGUGGCAGGCCAGGAUGAAAAUGGCAUUCUUCCUCUUUGACCUUGCUGAGAGGAUGGAGGGAGGGGGCCAGACUCAGCUCUAUGAGCUUUCGUACAAUAUGUAUUGUCAAAUCGUGAAUGCCCAGAUGGACUACCCUGCUAAUUGGGAUAAGAAUCUGGCUUUGGCUGCUGAGCGCUUGCUCCAUUUAGGAGGAGGGCAUCAUGGGCCAGAAUCUCUACUGAGCAACAGUAUUCAUCACUUCAGCCGGUACAUUGAGAGAGAACCCACGGACCCUCAGAACGAAGCGAUCCGUUCUGCCAUCACACACCUAAGCAAGGAGAGAGACAGACUCGGAGACCUGCACCGAAAAACGCAACAUAAACCAGUAUGAAAUUUCGGAAAAUGUGAACACUCCUUCCCAUAUAUAGCUGUACUGUUUGAGUGAAAAGGGAUGCCAGAAAGAAAGGAAUACCUGAUUCCUCAGGAGGCAGGUGAAAAUAUUAGAGGAAAGAAACCAAUAGAAUGGGGAAGAAAACAAACCAGCCAAUUUGAGUGAGAGUCAUGCAGGUCAGUGGAACAGUCUGAUAUCAGAAUGCUGGUGCUACUGUAGCACUUAAUAGAUCAAUUAAGCUUGAGAAACUGAUAAAAUGAUCCUGCUUUUAUUUGGGUAUGUGAUGAUUUUAUGAUUAUGUAUAAAUUAUGUAAAUAAAUUAAUGACAUUUUGGAAGUAUUUUUCGCUUUGUAAGCACAAGGUAUGUGUCACGACUUGAAAAUAUUAGACACAUUUUUCUGUCCGAGAUGCUGGGAGGUGUUGUGUAAGGUGAGAUGAAAUACUAUUAAGCGGACCAGGUAAAACCUUUUGGGGGAAAAAAAAUUUUUGUUUUUAUUUUGAAUUCACUCAGAAUGUCUGAUAUUUUUGUACCAUAAUAAAUUGAUAUUAUACCAGGGUUUAUUUUAUUAAUGAAACAUCUCUCUGUCUCUCUUUCACUUUCUCUUUCCCUCUCCCUCACUCAUAAUUAUCCUUUUCCCUCCUGCUGUCAUGUGUCUCUGGCUCCCACAUUAGGAGCACAGCAGUCUGGGAUUGAGAUUGGAAGGCAACCCAAUUUGGGAGCAGCCAAAGGAGAUUAAGAAGGGCCCACUAAUCUGGGGACAACCUCUUGAAAUUGCCCAUCAUUUUUUUUCUUUUUCUUCUAUCAGUCUCUACUGCAAAGUGUAUUCGCAACCCCUUUAAACUCCACAUGCCUAUGGAUUUGAUGAGUCUGUUUAUUUUAUAUUCAGAAAUCUUGUUAAGGCUUGUAAUCCCUGAUGACGUGAUCUAAGAAUGCAGUAUGUGAUGCAGCCUUCCUACAAACUAUACAUACACACACUUUCUACCUUAAUGAUACAUGCCUGAUUUUUGUUUUGCCCAUGUAUCAGAGUGCUGCUCCUUAGUGAGUGGUGUCUCUUAAAAUAAUCACACACAAUUUUGCCUUGAUUUCUGGCUUCCUGACUUGUCUGCUUCUUUGCUUACCUCUCUGUCACUCCCUUUCUUCUCAUCAAUUUUCAUUGUUGCUCUGUUUCUCCUUCUCUCAUCUCAGGGAUUGUGGGAACCCAUGGAAUCGCCGUGACCGUGGAUGCAGGCAGGGCGCCACGGCAACACUGGAAUGUGGGCCGCCUGAGCAGAUAAGAGUGGAGAGCCCAUCCAGCAGGAGGUUCUAAUUUUGUGCCACAUUAAGGAAGUGUGGUGCCAUUGAGGACACAGAGCCACAUUUUCAUAAUUUGCUGCCUCAGUGUGCGUCGGUCCUGCUGGAGCUGUGGCCGUGUCUGAAUGCCAGCCUGAGGAGGAACAGCAGCCUGCCUUCCACUGGGAAAAGAGAGACAGACUGUAAACAAGAGAGAGACUGUAAUUGAGAGAGAAAAAAAAGAACCAGAAUGAGUGCAAACUCUUGACCGUCAACAAAGGUAAUAGUGUAGUUUUAGUAUUGACUUCUACCACUGUAACCUUAUGGUCCCCAAAGUACUGUACAGAAAAUGUCUUCUUAUAGAGUGACUGCAUAGCUGAAAUUUUUUGUUCCCUGUCAGAGUGUUUCUGCAUUAGAACAGCCUGAGCAGUGCACAGUGCUCAUACCCCCCCCUCCAUUCUAGCUAUAGUGAGCCAAAUGAUAAAUGCAUCAGUGAUAAGGAUUAACAAGGUUUACAUUGCAUAGUUUCAGUAGUUUAUGAUUCAUAAUGAUGACAAACAUUGAAACAGGGAUUGCUUCGUUGACUUUUUUUUUUUUUUUACUGUUUCUUGUGGAAAAUAUUUGUGGAAGGCUUAAAGGGAUGAAUCACAUUUUGAAAAGUUUACAUUUCCAGCCUGACAGACAGGAGCUAAUCGUGCCGUUGGGGGAACGUUUAGAGAAUGUGUCAUAAUGGCCGACACCAGCUAAUCUAAAAAGCUCCCCAUUUACAAAUGGAAAUCCCAGGAUCCAAUUGGGCUAAUGAAGAGAGUUGAGCGGGAUAAUAAGAUGUGCUGUAAUGCUGUGUAACAGGCCUGUAAUGCUGUGUUGGUGGUGGAGCCUGUGUUGUGAGUUGUGUGUGACAGACUGAAGAGACUUCCAGAAGCCUGGAGGCCUGGCCGAUGCGCUCUGCUCUUCUCGGAGCUGAGAGCCGCCUGGUUACUGCUGCUGGCCUGUUUAUUGCUGAGACUCUGGAUCAAAAAUAUCACCCUACAGUAUGAUCACAAAGUCUGAGUGCAACACCAGGAAAUAACCAUUACUAUACUUAAUAUGCUGUACACACACAAACACACACGCGCACAGUUUGCUUUAGAUUUUUCAUCACUGUGAAUCAGAUCAGAGACAAUUUGUGAAUAAUUGUUUUUAAUAAUACAAAAUACUUUAUUGGCAUAGAUAUUUAUAAAAACACUGAUUCUAAAAUGAAUUAAUUUAUGGUGAUGUGUCUACUUCUGUAGAGAAGCAGCAGUGAGUCUCUUCCUGGAAUGUUUAAGAAGGUUGGAAACACUUGAACACGGAUCUUAUUCUAGUUCUCUAUGCAAAACAAUUCAGUCUACUAUAUUCUUUGGUCUUUACAGAGUUUCACAUCCCUGUGCUUUUGUGGGUUUCUUCUGGGUUCUCUAGGUUUCCCCCCAGUUUUCCAAAAUGUGCUGGUAGGUCGACUGGCUGACCAGAAAAAGAUAAGAUAAAAUAAGAUAAGAUAAGAUACGUUAUUUAUCCCACAGCAAGGAAAUUUGCAAUAAAGCUGUUAAUGAAAAUGAAUAAAUAAAGUAGUGCAUAGAUAUUGUAGUGCAUAGAUUUCUAUCUGUUAACUGAAUUGUAUUUUUUAAUAUUUAUUAUUUAUUUUGUGUAUAAUGUGCUUAGGUGUUUCUCAUAAGAAUUUGUGAUAUG